ACCAAGUCCGUUUGAAUAUUAGGCAGCAGUUGGGACAUAAGAACCUUUCUUGUGCAAUAGAGAGGAGGUGUGGGAGUGGCAAAGGUGUUCGUGUUUCUGUUGGUAAAAGUAGUGUGACUGCCUACUUUGACAAGGAUUUGGCGCGCAACAAAGCACCUGUGCAGCCUAGAAUUGACACUGCACUUCAAGUGGGAUCUAGAGAGAAUCUUGGACAAGCAUGGGCAAAGUUUUUCCAUGCGAAUGAUAUUCCUGGACUGAAAGCUGAUUGCCCAUACUUUCGCAGUGCAAUUAGGCUUACUCAGCAGAUAGGGGUUACAGCACAGAUUCCUACAUCACAUGGAAUUGAUGGGGAAUUCUUGGAAGCAAACUUUGAGGAAGCUGAAAAGUCUCUUGAACAAUUCAAGCAAGGUUGGCAGCAAUAUGGUGUGACUAUCAUGUGUGACUCAUGGACAGGACCUUCUGGCAUGGCCAUCAUCAACUUCAUGGUGUAUUGUAAUGCACGCAUGUUCUUCGUGAAGUCAAUUGAUGUAUCUGGCCACAAGCAAAGUGCUAAUUUUAUACAUCGGGAAAUUAGAAAGGUAGUUGAGAAUAUUAGCCCUGAAUUAGUAGUUCAAAUUGUCACGAACAAUGGGGCAAAUUACAAGAAAGCAUGUGAGAAGCUGAUUGAGGAAGAGAAAUACAAGCAUAUUUUCUGGCAGCCAUGUGCAGCUCACACUAUCAAUCUCAUGUUGAAGGACAUUGGCAAGUUUCGAAAGGUUGCUAAUGUCGUAGCAAGUGCCAAGAUUAUCUGUAGGUUCAUGUACAAUCAUAAUAGGCUACAUGAUGAGAUGAAGAAGAAGAUUGGUGGGGAACUGAUAAGACCCAAUGCUACUCGCUUUGGAACUGUAUUUAUGUUCCUCCAGAGUUUCCUUGAUAAGAAAGAAAAUCUUAGAGCUUGGAUGGUUUCACAAGAUUGGAAGGAGAGUGAUUGGAAGGAUGAUGAGUACUAUGAGUACACCGAAGCGUGUCUGACAAGUUCUACAUGGUGGUCAGCACUGAAGUGGGUAGUAGAUGCAUUGAAACCACUUUACUUGGUGCUGCGAUAUGCAGAUACACAGAAGUCUUGUACACUUUCUGGGUUCAAACCGAGAAUGAUGGCAGCCAUUCAAGCUAUGGAAGUUCAACUUGGCAUAGGCUCAAGGCAAUUUGUUCGGUUUAUGAGUAAGGUGACAAGGAGGGUUAACAAUAUGGAAAAAAACACAAUAAUGGUUGCAUGUAUUGCUACUACUACUCAAUUUCAUUAAUACAUGUGUAAUAUU